CGCGCCGCUAACAGGGACAAUGGCGGCCUUAACACGGUGGCUGCCAGGACACUUCCACACGCUGGUGCUGAUGGCUGCGGUUCUGCCAGAAGUCUGUUGUGUGUGGGUGAACAGGAGUCUGCAACAAGAGAUGCAGACGCUGGAGUUGUUGCUGCGGCCGGACCGCUACGAUCCACAGGUGCGCCCGCCCGGCAUCACAGGUGCCAACCCAACCAUAGUGAGAGUCAACCUCUUCGUCCGCACGCUUACCAAAUUUGAUGAUCAGAAUAUGGAAUUCGAAACGCAGAUAACGUUCAAGGAACAGUGGACGGACGCGAGGCUAAAAUUCAACGACUUAGGAGGUAAACUGAAGUACCUCACGCUAACAGAUACUAAGAGGAUAUGGAUUCCAGAUGUGUUCUUCGUUAAUGAGAAGAAAGCAUAUCAUCACAACGUCGUCACACCUAAUGUCUAUAUACGGAUAUUUUCUUAUGGUACUGUGCUUUUCAGUACAAGAAUCUCGAUGACGCUGUCCUGCCCGAUGGAUCUGAGGAGGUACCCACAUGACGUCCAAGUGUGCUCCCUAAUGAUGGGAUCCUAUGGUUGGAAGACUGAUGACGUGGUGCUCCUGUGGAAAGACGGCGACCCUGUGCAGAUCAUGAGCAACCUACACCUGUCGCUCUUCACUCUGGAGAAGUUCCUCACGGACUACUGCAACACCGCGACGACCACAGGAGACUACAGCUGCCUGAAGGUGGAGCUGCUGCUGCGGCGGGAGUUCAACUACUACAUGAUCCACGUGUACCUGCCGUCGUGCAUGCUGGUCAUCAUGUCGUGGGCGUCGUUCUGGCUGGACCGCGGCGACACCGCGUCCCGCCUGUCGCUGGUGGUGGCCGCGCUGCUCAUGCUGGCCGUGCAGGUGUCGCGCGUGUACUCCUCGGUGCCGCAGGUCGCCUACACCAUGGCCAUCGACGUCUGGAUAGGCGGCUGCUUCACCUUCGUCUUCACGGCGCUGCUGGAGUCGACGCUGGUGAGCCACGCGAGCCGUUCAGACCUGCUGCGGGAGAUGAAGGAGCGCGGCCAGCUGCCUCGCAUGGCCACGGACACGACACUGGACGACACCAGCCUAACGUCUCCUAAGCUGGGCCCGUUGUUGGAAAGCGCGACCUUCGCGAGCCACGUGGCCAGCUCGGAGCUGCUUCUGCAGAAGAGGCGGCAGCUGGCUGCGGACUUGCCCUCUGUGCACAGCAACCCAGCGGCCUCCGAGAAUCAGUACAUCGCGAUGGUGGAGACGAGGCGUUCAGACACUGCACAAGAGAAGACGAAGGAGCAGGCUCACCAACCUUGUGCAGUUGCGGCCCUGACCGUGGAGGACAGCAGCGCCUCGUCCAGCAAGGAGGCAGCAGCGAAUCAACCUGGCGCAUCUAUGGUGAGUAGUGUGGGGCCAACCAAACCAGAGAAGCAGCACGGGCGAGAGACGGUGUCGAGUAAGGAGUGCGAGAUCCAGGUUGCGCCGCCGGCACACAGGAGCGCUGCAGACCUACAGUCCGAUGUGGGCAGUGAGGAGGCGACCGAGUCCCGCAGGCCCAACCUGAACCUCCUGUCCUCGGGCAGUGCCGGCAGCCUGCUCCAGGCCAGGGCUGCCAACUGCUGCUGCUGCGUCUUCCUUGCCAAGUUCCCCUCCCGCGCUACGCGCAUAGACAUCAUCUCUCGAAUCACGUUCCCAAUCGCCUUCACCCUGUUCAACUGUUUCUACUGGUACACGUACUUAUUCACUGAGGAGGAACCUUAAUGGGGCCUUGUUGCUGCAGUCGUAUCUGGGCCGCGUUAGUUUCCUGGAACUUAACAGAUUCUAAAUUUUUACACGAUCUUAUAUCUGUGAUGCGUUUGCUACAAGUAUUUUAUAGUAAUCAAAGUUUUAUUCUAGCGUAUUUUGGAAUACAGUAUCAAUCGAAUGUUUCGAUUUAUCUUCGCAGAGGAAAUAAGGUUUUGUGAUGGCCUACGAAUUCUUGAUAUGCUCAUUCUACUAGUAUCUCACAUUUACUGCUGAUAGAGUACAAGCAACCAGACAUGAUUCACAAUUUUCUUUGGGGCUUACAACCUGUCCCCUUACGAACUAGCCAUUUUUAAUGGUGUUUAGUGACUGGCAGUUAUAUAAAUGUCGCUUACUUUUCACUUCGAAACUGCUGAAGGAUGUCUGCGCUCUGAGUGUUGGUCGAAUCUACUUUUUCACCCCUG